ACAGCAGCUUCCCACUCACGUAACUACUUGGAAGCUCACUUCCACGACAAUAAGUCCAUGUCUCUUUACAUUCACAAAAAUAAUUUCAUCGUUCAGUAUCUCGCUCUCUGUCUCUCUCUGUAUAUAUAUGCAUAUAUUUGUUCAUGAUUGUGAAUCGCACUCUUCUCUGUUAGAAAGACUCCAGCUCUAACAAAAAUGGAAGAACCAAGUGAGCAAAAUGUGGCUAGUCCAGCAUACAGAGGUGUUAGAAAGCGAAAGUGGGGGAAAUGGGUGUCUGAAAUUCGUUCGCCGGGUAAGAAAACCCGAAUAUGGCUGGGAAGCUACGAGGCACCGGAAAUGGCGGCCGCGGCCUAUGAUGUUGCUGCGCUGCACCUAAGAGGACGUGGCACGCCCCUCAACUUCCCGGAACUAGUUGAUAGUUUGCCACGGCCGGCGAGCUCGAGUGCUGAGGACGUGCAGUUGGCGGCUCAAAAGGCGGCAUUGCGGCUACGGAGGCCUGUACAGAUGACGGUAGAGGUGGGAAGCGCAGGUUCUAAUGCCGUGCCGGCUAGGGUGGGGCUGUCGCCGAGCCAAAUUCAGGCCAUAAACGAGUCACCCUUGGAUUCCCCGAAGAUGUGGAUGGAGUUGGCAGGGGCUCUUUUGUUGGAAGAGAAUAAUAUGGUAUUGUAUGAUAACGAUCAUGACUCGUGUGAAUGGCAAGGAUUACAGUAUGAGUCUAUUUGGGACUCCUAGGACUAGGAGGAACACAACAAAUAUAUGACAACAAAUAAUCACGUGUAAUUAGCAGAGAUAGAAGCUGAUUAAUAUUCGUGAAAAAAAAGGUUCAACAAAUUAAAAAAAAAAAUGGACCUAUAGUUGUAGUAACUUUUCACUAACUCUUUAAUUAAUUCAGUAUGGAUUAUGUUAAAGAUUUUAGGUUAUUUCCAUAUAGAUUAUUUAUUCAAUUAUUAGAGGAGGCUGGUUCAAGUUAAAGCUUCCUAAUGGGUAAGUUUUUUAGAUACUGAGAAUCUCUGUGCUUGAGAGAGAAUGAAGGGUAUUUUUUGCUCUGCUCAAGCAUCAGAGUAGCUGGGGAUUUUUUUUUUUUUUUUGGUUGCUCAGUAGGUAGUCCAUGUUAAUGAUCUAUAUAGGGACUCUUUGUUUUGUCCCCAUCUCAGUCCUGUACGUGUAAUUUGUGGCAAAUGCUGAAAAAGUUGUGCAAUUUGCUUCACUUAUGUAAAAGUUGUUUAUUAAUUGAA